AUGAGCCUGUUUUUCUCUGAGUCAGCGUGGCUCAGCUUGGCUGCCACCGCAGUGCUGGGGGGCAUGCUGCUCUGCAGAUCCAAGAGGCCAGGGCAGCUGUGGAGCCAGGUGCUGUGCCUCGCUGGCCUCUGGGGAGGUGCUUGUCUGCUCGGCCUGUCCCUCCUCUGCAGCUUGCUCCUCUUGUUACUGUCCUGCUUCCUCCUGUAUACGUGUUCAUCGGAUCAAGAAUUGUUGCCCGUGGAUCAAAAGGCCGUGUUGGUGACAGGUGCUGAUUCCGGUUUUGGUCAUGCAUUGUCCAAGAACCUGGACAAGCUGGGCUUCACAGUGUUUGCUGGAGUGCUGGAUGCAAAAGGCUCGGGAGCGGAGGAAUUGAGAAGAACUUGUUCUGAGCGCCUCUCUGUGCUCCAGAUGGAUGUCACUAAGGUAGAGCAGAUCAAAGAUGCUCACAGCAAAGUCACAGAGAAGAUAAAAGACAAAGGUCUGUGGGCUGUGGUCAACAACGCUGGGGUCUUCCAGUUACCAAUAGAUGGGGAACUCAUUCCCAUGACCCACUACAGAAGAUGCAUGGCCGUGAACUUCUUUGGAGCCGUGGAGGUCACCAAGGUGUUUCUGCCUCUACUUAGAAAAUCCAAGGGGAGGCUGGUGAAUGUCAGCAGCAUGGGAGACAUCACAGGCCCACCUGAAACUUGGGAUAAGAUGGAGAAGGAAAUCCUGGACCACCUUUCCCAGGAGAUACAGGAUGACUAUGGCCAGGACUAUGUCCGUACACAGAAGAACUUACUCCCGAUCAUGAAAGACAGGUCCUGCUCAGACAUCACCCCUGUGCUGCGGGACAUCGAGCACGCCAUUUCUGCCAGGAGCCCCUCUUCCUUGUAUACCCCAGGGCGACUGACUUACUUGUGGAUCUGCUUCUCCUCCUAUUCCCCGACCAGCUUAUUGGACUAUAUUUCACAAAAAUUUUUUGUUCCAAAACAGAUGCCGAAAGCUCUAAGGGGUUAG